CCACUCUCCGCGUUCCGCUGCGGGUUCGUCUCUUGUUCCUCUGCCUGAGUCCCUGAGUGGUGGUGGUAUGGAGGUGAGGGUGGCCUCCACUCUGGCUGCGAACGAUUCGUGUGUGGUGUCCUCACAGGAGACCGAAAAGUGGAUGGAGGAGGCGAUGCGCAUGGCCAAAGAUGCACUUGAGAAUAUUGAGGUUCCUGUUGGCUGCCUCAUGGUCUACAACAACGAAGUUGUGGGGAAGGGAAGAAAUGAAGUCAAUCAAACCAAAAAUGCUACUCGACAUGCUGAAAUGGUGGCCAUUGAUCAGGUCCUGGAUUGGUGUCGUCAAAAUGGCCAGAGUCCUUCUGUGGUGUUUGAACACACUGUGCUUUAUGUCACCGUGGAGCCGUGCAUUAUGUGUGCAGCUGCUCUCCGCCUCAUGAAAAUCCCACUGGUCGUCUACGGCUGUCAGAAUGAACGGUUCGGUGGUUGUGGUUCUGUUCUAAACGUUGCCUCUGCUGACUUACCGAAUACCGGGAAACCCUUUCAGUGUGUGCCGGGAUAUCGAGCUGAGGAGGCGGUGGGGCUGUUAAAGACAUUCUACAAGCAAGAAAAUCCCAAUGCACCAAAAUCAAAAGUUCGGAAAAAGGACUGUCAAAAACCCUGAACUUGUUCUGAUGAAGACAGUUACCCCUCCAUGACCUGGAUGGAAUUCCUGACUGAAAACUAUUGACCUGGCUGAGCAUGUUUAUGUGUUGCUGUUGCUCUGUGGAAAGUGGUGUCUCGCUCUUUUGCUCUGCUGAGGGAACAAAUUAGCCCUUUAAAAGUCUGACAAAUGUAAACAACUAUUAGCUUUUCCACAAGCUGAAAGAAUGUUUUGGGAAGGGGAAAAAUGAAGGUUUGAGGUUUUAGAAAUUAGCAAGCAGUACAUGCCCUUCCACCACAGCUUUAGCCCUGUCUAAGAAGGCUCUGGAUGGGCUGGGGAGAUGGUGGAGUGGAUAAAGUCCUUGCCAUGCAAGGGUGAGGGCUGGAGUUUGGAUCCGUAGGUAGCUGUGGUGGCCUGCCUGUAAUUCUAGCACAUGGAAGGCAGAGCUGGGAUUCUGGGAUUCUGAAGCAAACUGGCUAACUAUAUUAGCCCUUAUUGGUGAGCUUGGGUUCAAAUGAGAGAUAUUGCCUCAGUGAAUAUGGUGAAGAUUGAUCUAGGAGGAUGCUCAGUGUGUCAACCUUUGGCCUUCACAUUCAGGUGCUCACAUGUCUAAAUGCACACCCCCUGAAAUGCAUCCACACAGUGGGAUCCCGUGUACAUAACACAUACACACCACACACAUACACAUGCAACAAAAAGUAAUAAGUCUUCAGAAGAUUGGUUAAGAAAAAGAAAGAGGAAGAGCUAACCAUGGUGGUAUACAUUUUAAUCCCAGCACUUGGGAGACAGA